GUUUUGGAAUAUGGUGGAACGUAAUGUUGCAAAAUGUGCAAGCGUCCAAAGAAAGAACUAAAAAUAAGAUCAAGGCUCAGAUGGAUCAAAAAAAAAUUACAUUGAACAAAAUCAUUGCGGGAAAUACGAAGAAGGACUGGGUCGAAUUGGAUCUGAUUUGA